UUACUCAUGCCGACCUUCGAUGCUUUGUGGCUAUGCUGAUGUACAAGUUAUGUCUGAAAUGCCGCUGUUGUUUUUGUUAUGUAAAUCAUUUCUUUCUUUCAAUAUGCGAUGUGAUAUUUAAAUUUGAAGUGUCUUAACAUUGCUUCAUCCAAGCGAAUCGUGUCAGAGGUUAUAAAAAACUGCAAAAUAUUCGCUGUCGUUUUGUCUCGAGAAGCUCGUGGCGAAGAUAUGAAGUGAAACUUGUUCAUCUCUCGUUGCAACCAUGGCUGCUCAAGACUCGGCGAUAAGCCAUAUAAUUCGCAGCAAUGUGGAAUCUCUGGAAGAGAUUAACAUUCGAACAUUUACGAAAUGGAUAAACUCAAAGCUUGGCGGAGAACAGCCAGCCGUAAAAAAUCUGAUCAAAGAUUUGCAAGAUGGUCGCGUUCUUUUGUCGCUCUUAGAAGUUCUGCUAAAAGUCAAACUUCGCGCUGAAAAAGGCAAAUUGAAGUUUCACAAAAUCAACAAUGUCAAUAAAGUUUUGAAGACUUUGGAAGACGAAGGGUUAAAACUUCAUGGCAUCAGCCCCGAAGCAAUCGUUGAUGGAAACAAAAUCUCAAUUCUGGGUUUAGUAUGGAUAAUAAUCCUUCAUUUCCAGGUACAAGGUAUAAUGUUCGAGGAAGAUACUCAAAGCUCUGAAGAAAAGACUGAUGCAGCUCAACGGAAAAAGUCUGUAGCAAGUCAGGCAGACGUUGAAAGACUUCUUUUAAAAUGGAUUCAAGAUGUCUUAAAAGGAUUUUCCGAUGUCGUAACAAUCGAAGAUAUUUUGAAAAGUUGGCAGAAUGGUCUGGCCUUUAUAUUGCUGAUGUUUGUGUACAGGCCAACUGCUGUUGAUAUUGACAAAGCUCAGAAAAUGGCGGUGUUGGAAAGAUUGGAAUACGCUUUUGAUGUCGCUGAGAAGGAAUUCGAUGUUCAUCGCUUGCUCGACCCUUCUGAUGUCGAACAGGGAAACGUUGACAAGAAAGCGAUGCUGAUGUAUCUUUCCGCGUUAUAUGAAGUAUUACGUAACCUUGAGCCAGCUGUUGUCGAAACCACAACCACAACCCAAGAGGUUAGCGAAGAGCCUGGUGAAGAGGGAAUCGUUAAGUCCACCACAUCAUUUGUUGUAGAGAGUGCUCCUGGUAGUGAGUCAACGACAUUGAGAAUUGGUGAUGAAGAUAUUGACAUAACCACAGUGUCCAGCAACGAAAUUGUCCUGCAAUACAAGACGAUAUACUACACAGUUCUCUAUACGAUCAAGGGACUGGAGAAAAGAAUGGAGAAGAUCAGAAACGAAGAACCCAGUCAGGAAAACGCGAGGGCUUUGCGGGAAAUUCAGAAAGAAAUGCACGAACUCCAGGCUAAAGUCAAGGAACUGAACGAAACAAAUAAAGAAAUGUCCAAAGCUGACGGAGUUGAUCGUCAAGAAUUCUCGGACAUUCAAAAAGAGUUACGGGAACUCAGCAGUCGCUGGUCAACGCUGAUACAACACAGUAAUGAAGAAUCGAAGAGGCAACCAGCAGUCGUGAGAGAAAUUAGAACCUCAACAACAUACCAGACUGCUCGACUUACAAUCGGAGAUAAAGUUAUCGAGAUUACAUCUGUUUCAACCAACGAAAUAGUGAUAAGAUACAAGAUUGUUUAUUACAAAAUAAUUUACAUCAUCGAAAGGAUUGAAUCGAACAUGAGGAUCAUCAAAGACAGCCCACCAAGCCAGGAAACUGCAAGAUUGCUUGAUGAGAAUAAACAAAGGAUGGAACAAUUGAAGCCUCAGAUUGCUGAGCUGAAGGAACUCAUGUCAGAAAUGAGAGACGCUGAUGGCGUUGAUGCAGACGAACUUGCUCAACUACAGUCUGAACUAUCAGACUUCGAUUCCCGCUUGUCCUCAGCCACGGAGGAUAUUAACGAAGAAGAGAAAAGACAACCAUCGCUGGCUACGGAGACUGUUUACAGAACAACUACAAUUGUUGAGUCCGAGAGUUCUGUUCCAACCACAACCACAUUGAGAAUUGGUGAUGAAGAUAUUGACAUAACCACAGUGUCAAGCAAUGAAAUUGUCCUGCAAUACAAGACGAUAUACUACACAGUUCUUUAUACCAUUAAGGGACUUGAGGCAAGAAUGGAGAAGAUCAGAAACGAAGAACCCAGUCAGGAAAACGCAAAGGCUUUGCGGGAAAUCAACAAGGAAAUGCAAGAGCUUCAGGUGAAGAUUAAGGAACUAAACGAGACAAACAGAGAAAUGUCAAAAGCUGAAGGAGUUGAUCGUCAGGAAUUCUCAGAAAUCCAAACAGAACUAGGACAACUUGGCAGCCGUUGGUCGGCUUUGAUUCAACACUGUAACGAUGAAAACAAAAGGCAACCAAGAAUUGUCACGUACAAAACUACCACGACUGUUGUUCCGAGGCAUAAAGCUCGUCUUACAAUUGGCGAUGAGGUGAUCGAGAUUACCUGUGUUUCUACGAAUGAAAUUGUGAUUAAAUACAAGAUUGUUUACUAUCAAAUCAUCACAAUUAUGAAAAUCAUCGAAUCCAAUAUGAAAGUCAUCAACGAAGAAGAACCAAGUCAGAAAACUGCAAUACUUCUUGAUGAAAACAGACAGAGAAUGGAACAGCUUAAACCGAAGAUCACAGAAUUGAACGAAUUGAUGUCACAAAUGAAAGACGCUGAUGGUGUGGAUGCAGAUGAACUGGCUCAGCUACAGUCUGAACUGUCAGAUUUCGACUCCAAACUGGAAACUUUAAAUGAGGACAUUAAAAAUGAAGAAAAGAGGCAACCGCAGCUGACAACCAGAAUAACUUAUACAACCGAAACAAGAGUUGUUGAUGGUGGUCGCACGUACCAGUUGCGUGAUGGAGAUAAAGUGAUUGAAAUUAAAACCGUUUCAACAAACGAGAUCGUGAUGCGUUACAAGAUCCUUUACUAUCAAAUCAUCACUAUUAUGGAAGUGAUUGAUUCAAACACUACCACAAUCAGAGAGGGACAACCAAGCCAGGAAACUGCGAGACUUCUUCUGGAGAAUAAGUACAAGAUGGAACAGUUGCAACCGAAGAUAACUGAGUUGAAUAAACUAAUGGCAGAAAUGAAAAAUGCCGAUGGCGUUGACGCUGAUGAACUAUCGCAACUUCAAUACGAAAUGUCUGAAUUUGACUCAAGAAUGGGAACAUUGAACGAAGAUAUCAAAAAUGAAGAGAAAAGACAACCGCCUAUUCAAGGUGAAACGAUUUCCAGGACAACAACUACCACUGUUCAGUCAACCCCUGAAGCUCCUGCUAGGCGAACAACUGUGAAAUAUGGAGAUAGCGUCUUUGAAAUCACUACAAUAUCGACAAAUGAAAUUGUCGUUCGCUACAAGGUUCUCUACUAUGAAAUCAUGACACUCGUAAUGCAAUUAGAAAAAGACAUAGCGCAAAUAAAAGAUGCUCCACCAAGCAAUACUACCUCAGUUAUGUUGAAGCAAAGUAAAGAUCAGAUGGCGGAAAUUCAGGCGAAAAUAAACGAGCUUCAAGGAAUAAGAAAGAAUAUGGACGGAGAAGAUGGUGUUGACCCAGAGGAACUGAAGCAACUUCACAAUGGUUUGGAAUCGCUCGUUUCACGAUGGACAAUUGUGACGCAUGAUAUUGAAACAGAGGAUGAAAGGAUCACAAGUCACUUAGACAGCAGUGGUAAACAGAAAACAUCGCUGGACGAAUGGCGUAAAAAAUGUGAGAAAAUCGGCGAUUGGAUGGACUCUGUCGAAGACAGCGUUGAGGUUCUGGAAAAUAGAAAGCCAUCGAGUGAUAUCUUCAGGGCAAAACAACAAAUGAAUGAAUGUGAUGGUUUAGAAGAGAAGAUCAAAUCAGACGAAGUUCCAAGAUCAACGUUUGCUUAUGGCGAAGAAAUUACAAACGAACCCAGUCUUAAUUCAGAUCAAAAGUCCAAAAUCAGACUACAAAUGACUGAAAUGAAAAAGGAGAUUAAAAAACUAUCCGACAGAGCUGGUGAUGCCAAACACAGAUACAAACGUGCGGUAGACAAGCUUGAAGCUGACAGAAAACAAAAACUAGUUGAUCUAAAUAAGACCUAUCAGGAAUUGGAUAAAGAAAUCGAUGUUUUGAUACAAAAAGAUGAUAAGAUUGGCGCAGUUGAGGGUAAUCCAGCCGAAGUGCGAGCCAAAGAAACGCAGAUUGAGUUGCUCGUCUCUGAUAUCCACGUGUUCCAGCCUCGUUUUGACGAAUUUCGGCAAACAUCCUGGGAGGUCUUGGAGGAUCCGACAAUCGACCAAUCACAAAAGGACAGACUCCAGAAGCAAGUGACGUCAUCGGAGGAACGCUGGGGGACCCUCAUACGAUCUGUUUACUCAAGAAGCGAAGCAGCAAAGCGUUUCAUCUCGGGGUUACCCCAGGGCGGUGUGCUCGAGGAGUUAAUAAUUGUUGAAAAUCGUCGCCAUGAUUAUAAUCUCGACUGGAAGAUGCAUCAUGAUCUGUUUGGUGCUCCUGGAGAACAUGAUGAAGGUGCAGUUGAUGAGGAGAUUUAUCGAGAACGACUGAUGACAAAAUGGAAACGAGAAUGCAGAGAGGUGGACGAAGCUUUGUCAGACGUUGAAAAAGAAAGCUCAGAACUUGGCGAAAUCAUUGAUGAACCGAACAAAACAGCAAUGAAAAAUGCGAAAAUGCAGGUAAUCCGUGAAGGUUUAAAAAAGGUCGAGAAAGAGUACAAUGACUUGCCAGAAUACGCAAAGCUACUUCUCGAUGAUCCAAAACUAGUCCAGGAUGAUCGUCAGAAAAUCCAAGAAGAUUUGGGUUCGUACAAGAUCCGGUUUGAUGAUCUCACGAAGUUGGUUUCUGAGAGAGAAGAAACAAUAAAGCGUCAAGAACCACCGAAAUCUACUGUUGUUGUCACAGAAAAUUAUGUUACUGAAAGAAAAUCGGCAGAAAUUAUUGUGCCUGAAAUACUAACUGUCGAAGAGAGCGCACCAGAUGCAUUAUUCAGCGAACCAGAAGUUCCUGGUAAUAGUGAAGAGAUAGACGCUUGGUGGGGCGAUGACCGCAAAGUUGUAAGCUGGAUUGAAAGGGUAGAUAGCCAAGUUAAAGUCGCCGAAAAGGAACCAUCCACAUUAGAUCUUACCACCACAAGAAGACAGCAUGCAAAUAUUGAGAGAAUGACACAGGAAAUUGGAGUUUACGAGACAAAUGUGACUUUGCUUGAGAACAAAGCUAACGCCAUUGUCAGUGAUCCUGUGACGAAAAGCGAAGAUGGUCAAAACAUUGACGUUGAAAUCAAAACUGUGAAGAAAAAAUGGGAUAGUUUGAAAGAAAGAGCUUUCAAUGUUGAGAGAGUUCUUUACGAGCAAGUGAAUAAACUUCAAGAGUAUUUAAACUGGACUCAAAAGUCCGAAGCGUUGUCUGGAUGGUUGGAAGAUACUGAGCGAAGUUUGGAUUCUUGUGCCAUACCAAGCAGCGAUCCUGUGGAAAGAGGAAAACAAACUCUCUUCCUUGAGAAAUUCUUGAAAGAACGCGGGCAGAAUCAAGAAAGCGUGGACGAUGUUCUCAGCCAUGGAAAUUUGGUCGUGAAGAAAAACUUGGUUCCAGACCAGCAUCUUAGCAAGAUUAAAGAAGACCUUAAUAAUUACCGCGAUCAAUGGGACAAGCUUUUGAAGAAAGCAGAAGACGUUCAAGAAAGACUAACAACUGGUAAGAAAGAUCUCAAACAGCUGGAGGACAAUAGAGUUGAAUACGAUGUGAUAACAACGUGGAUUAUCAAAAAUGAAAAACGUUUACAAGAGCUGAAAGAUGACACCAGCGGUGAUGAGGAAGCAUUGAAGAGAAGACGCGUUGUCAUACUGGAAAUCAUUGAAGAGAUUACCAUCUACAGGGUCCGUCUUCGCCGACUGAUUGGAGAGAAUGACAAGCUUGCAAACAAAGACACUCUUCCUCCUGAUGAAAGGGAUAAAUUUGUCAAUGAUACGAAAGAAUUGGAGAAAAGAUUAGAUGCCCUUGAUGAUGGUACAAAGAAAGAAGAAUCGAGUAUCAAUGAUCAAAUAGAUACAAAUAAUACUGCGAGACUGGACGAGUGGCAAACGAAAGCAGAUGAUCUCGACAAAUGGUUUAUUACAACAAAAACAGAAAUUACAUCAUUCAAUGUCCCACCUUUGGAUGAACACGAUAAAGCGAGACAGGAUAAAUAUUUGGAGGACUUUGCGAAGCAGAAGCCUGCAUGUGAUAAACGCGUGAACGAGAUUGUUUCUGGCGGUCGUUCUCUGGUGAAUGAAGGCGUUAUUCCUUCUGAGAAACGCGAACAGUUUGAAGUUGACCUCGAGAGUAUCUCUGGAACGUGGGACAGCGUCAUUGAAAUGGCUGACGACUCGUCAGAAAAUUUGGAGAAGGCUGAGAAAGCGUCGGACGAUUAUGACGUGUGGCGUAAGGAUGCAACUCAAGCGAAAGAAAUUGUGGAAAAUAACAAGAAAGAUGUUGAAGAAGCUUCCAAACCAACCAGUGAUCCCGAGGAACGGAAGAGUCAAAUCACUACCAUGACUAAAAUCAUGGCAGACAAACCUGGGGAAAAAGAGCGACUUUAUCAAAUUAUUUACCGCGGGAAAGAUUUGGAAGAUAGCGAAUAUCUUACACCAGAACAAAAAGAACACAUCAGCCGGGAGACGAAAGAUAUUGAAAACAAUUGGAAUGAUUUCUCAAACCAACUUGACGAUGCUAAAAAGAGUGCCGAGUCUGGUAAAAAGGACUUGCAAGAUUUGGCCAAAUAUCGUGUGGACUAUGACGUCAUCAUCACGUGGAUUAUCACGAAUGAGAAGCGACUUCGCGAUGUUAAGGAUGACGACAGCAACGACAAAGAAAGUAUUCAGAAACAACAAGUCAUUCUUAAGAGCAUCAUUGGCGAAUUCCCUGAAUACAAAGUCAAACUCAACGAAGUAAUUUCAAAAGGACGCCAUCUUUCUAAUACGCCAUCGCUUCCAAAUUGCGAUAGAGAAGAAAUAGAUAAACAGUCAAAUGAAUUGGAAAAUAAGUUUAACACCUUGGAAAACGACGUUAAUGAUGAAGACCAGAGACUUGAGAAGAAUUUGGAGAACAUAGACAAGUAUGAAGUCUGGCAACAGAGAGCAGACGAUGUCAAAGAAAAACUCGACGAGACGAAAGAUGAAUUAGAUAAAUUCGACACACCAACCAGCGACGUCAGCGAACGAGAAAAACAAAAAAGAUUCCUGAAUGACUUCAAUAAAAGAAAGGGUGCUCAAGAGAAGUUGAUUAAUGAUGUUGUUAGUGAUGGUAGGAAACUUGUGGAUGAAAACAUCGCUCCGAGUGAUAAACGUGAAAAGAUUGAACUGGAUCUUCAAUCGUUGCCUGAAACUUGGGAGGGAAUUGUUGGCAAGGCUGAUGAGAAUAAAAAAACUGUCGACUCUAGUCUUCAAGAUGCUGUACAGCUAAGCAAAUGGCAGAAUGACUACAAUGUUGUAUUGCUCUGGAUUGAGAAAGCUGAAGACAAGCAAAAUCAACGGGAAGAAGACAGCGAUGAUCUUGACAAGUUAAAGAAACAGCGAAAGAAACUAGAGGUUGAUGUGAAAGAUAUUGCGAAAUACGAGGCCAAGAUUGCUCCAUUAUUGGCAAGAGGAGAGACGAUAUCACAAAGCAACUUCAUAACUCCUGAUGAUAAGUCGAAAGCAGAUAAUGACACGAAAACUUUGAAAGAAAGAUUUGAUAAAUUGAAGAAUGAAGAAACUGAUCGUAAACAAAGGCUUGAUGAUAAAAUUCAAUGGAUAACGGAAUACAAGCAGUACAGAACAGACUACGAUGGUCUGAACUCGAUGCUUGACGAUUGUCAACACAAGUUAGAAUCGUAUGAAAAACCAACCAGCAACAAGACAGAGAGAGACAGACAAGCCGCGUUUCUGAAUAAAUUCAACAAAGACCAACCUGCAAACGAUAAACGCGUUGAAACAGUUGUACAGUUUGGUAGCAAGUUGGCUGAUGCUCCAGGGGUACCUGAGGAUAAGGGGGAUGAUAUCAAAGAAGAGACGAAGACUAUAGGGGAUACAUGGAGGAUAAUUGUGCUAAAAGUUGAAGAACUGCAAAAAAUUGUUCGUUCUGGUAUUCAAAAUAUCACGGAGUUAAGUGAUUGGAGGAAGGAAUAUACCACCGUUAUUAAAUGGAUUGAGACGAACGAGAAGAAGCUUGCCGCGCAAGGGGAACCUGGGGACCAGGCUAAAGAUCUCGCUAAUAAAUGCACCACUCUUGAUGAAAUGGUGAACGUAUUAUCCACAUACGAGACAAGAAUUACUAUACUACUUCAAAAAGGCGACCAAUUGGCCAACGAACCGUCAAUAGAUGAAAGCGACCGAAAAAAGACCGAAGAUGAUACGAAGGCUUUACGAGAACGAUGGGAUAAAUUAAAGCAAGAUGAGGAAGAUAAAAAGAACAGGUUUGAUAAUCAAAAAAGUUUUGUUGAAGAUUACCAGGAAUGGAAAGAUGAUGUGGACGACUUGAAGCCUUGGAUGGAAAACACGAAGAAAGAAAUUGAUGCGUGCGAAUUACCAACAAGUGACAACAGCGUCAGAGAAAAACAAGCGAACUUCGUGAAGGUAUUUCUGGAAGAUAAGGAAAAGAAUCAAGCUCGUGUUGACAAAGUUGUUGACGGAGGUAAUCUUCUGUUGAAAGAAAAUCCUGUCGCUCAGAAAGAUAAGAAAGAAAUUCAAGACAAAAUCGAGAACACACAGAACUCUUGGAGUACAAUUGUGCAAAGAUUUGACGUUGUCCAACCAAUUGUGAUAUCUGGAACUCAAGACAUUGUCAAGCUUGACGAAUGGCGGAACGAUUGUAGUGAAAUGAACAAAUCUAUCGACAAUGCCAGACAGCAGGUUCGCAACUUGAAGAAGCCUUCCAAAGAUCGAGCAAGGAUGGAAAAGCAGAAAGACGACUUUGAAGUUAUUUCCGCUGAAAUGGAUGGCAAUCCCGACAGGAUUGAUAGCCUUUCUGAACGGGCUGAAUACCUCGUAACAGUGUCCACAAUUUCUCCCAAAGAUAAGGAUAAGGUGUCUAAAGAUAUGAACAAUUUAAAGAAUACCUGGAAUAAUUAUAAAAACGAAGAAAAAACAGCUAAGGAAAGUUUCGAUGCUCAGCCUCAACUUGAAGUUGUAACCGAAUUCGUAGUGGUUGAGAAGAAAGAAGACGAUUUGGUUGUGGAAGGAACUUUCGAGGAUAUUGAUGAGUUGUUUGCACAAGAGCCCAAAGCGCCAGAACCACCAGCAACUGUCGAUUACGGUGAGUGGAAGAACAGCGUUGAAGAACUGGAAGGAAUUCUUGACAAAGAAGAUGGAAAGUUUGAUCCAAAGGCGCCUAUCGAGAAAGAAUAUUCAAACUUGGAGAAGCUUGCACAAGAAACAAAGGACUCUGGUGCUACAGUUGAUGACCAAUGUAAGCCGAAGCUAGCCACCAUUUUGUCAGAUGGAAAUGCGCUUGUAAACAACAAAGAACUUCAACCAGAAGACCAAGCAUUCGUCACAGAAAAGAUGAUAUCUUUGAAAGACAGGACCCAGCGUAUUGAUAUGGCUGUGAGAAUAACCAGAAUGAAAGUUCGCGAUGCAGCGCUUGAGUACUUUAACGAAACGCUGAACAAAUGUUCUGUCGAUGUGAAUAAAAUGCAGGAAACAGGAAAGUCCUUGAGACCUCCUUCAGAUAACCUACCUGAUCUUCGAGUACAGAUUGCUUCGAUGAAGUCUUUAGAGAAACGGCUUUCAUCUGAUGGCGAGAAAGUUCAGGAUACCGAGGAAAAAGUAAAUAACAUGGAAGAUGCAGGCGUUUUGCCACGGGAUGGCUUCGCUGGGACUUUAAAUGACAGAUGUAACGAAGUAAAGAAGGAACAAAAGAAUGUCUUUGUUGUUAUCGAUGAAGCCAAACCAAAAUUGCAUCGUGCUUUAGUAAACCAGUUAAAUCGAACACAAAAAUCUGUCAACAAUUGGUUGAAAUCUUGCGAAAAGAAAGAGAGAAAUAUCGACAUGGCAAACGUGAAAGAUCUUAACAAAGCGCAUCAAGAAUGCUUAAAACUGAAGCAAGUUAAAGCUGAAUUUUACAAAGGAGAGCCUCUGUAUAUCACCUUAAAUGAAGUCCAUAAAGAAGCUGUCGAUGAUGAAAUUUUGGUUGAGAAGAAAGCCGUUGAUUUUGCCAAACAAAUGGAAACAUUAGGAACACGACAUGAUGACCUUAAACAACGCUUACAAGAUAAAGACAACGAACUUCUUACUUAUGUGAGACAGACCACAGAAGGUGUGUUGAAGUCUUCUGAUGAGAAACUUGAUGAGCAAAAGACGUGGCUUCAACCAGAAGAGCCUGCUGAUAACUUCACAGACGCCAAAGAACAGCAGGAUACCAUGAAGGAACGUGAAUCCAUAAUAAAACAACGAACAAAAGACAUCAUUAUUCAACUUGGACCAAUUGAAAAGAUUUCCACAGGUGAAAUAUUGCCCCUUCCCGAAUCAACUUCUCUUCAACGCCGCAUUGGCGACAUCAAGACAAGAUUCAACGCAGAUAUACCAACCGCUAGAGAAAAAUCACAAAAGCUCAGAGAAGGUUACGGCGAUCUUCUGAAAAAGGAAGUAGAGAAAAGGAAAUUAUGGCUAGAUGAAAAUGAAGGAGUUGAACUUAAACCUGAAACCGACUUCAAAGAUUUCAGCGAAUUCAAGAUAAAAUAUGAUCAAAACAAGGAUUUUGUCAAAGAACUGGAUGAUAACAACAUCAAAGUUUUGAUUGAAGAGGCAGACAAGAUCGACGGGAUUGAACCAGAAUUGAAGAAUGAACUUGUACAGUUGGACGAGCGUUGGGCGACGAUUCACGACGAUGCGAAGGACAAAACCGAAAACUACGAAGAUCUCAUGACAAAGUGGACUGUCUUCCGUGAACAGCAACUGACCUUGUUGAACUGGAUUGACAAGAAAGAUGCCGAAGCCGCUGAAGAAAAAGAUCAAGUGAACCUUGCUGAUGAAGACGAGGUCGCUGAACAUGUCAAGAAAUUAAAGGAUGCCAAGGAAGAAGCCGAGGGGCAAGGAGAGUCACAAGAAAAGAAAUUAAAAGAAGCCAGUGAAGAUUUAAUCCGCCAUCUUGGUGAAGACUCCCCAGCCGCUGAUGAGGUCAAAAAACAAACGGAAGAAGUUGAUUCUGUGAGACAGAAGUUCAUCAACGAUAUGGGUGAUCGCAUUGAAAAGAUUGAAAGCAGUGAAGAGAAAACUCGAGACUUGUACAAUGACAUUGACGAUGUAACAAACUGGUUGGACACCACGGAAAACCUGAUUGACAAGUAUGAAAACCAUGAGAAAGAAACCGCUGAUGAUGGUAGUUCACGUGAACAGCACGUGCGACAGGAUGGUGAAGUUGAAGAAGAAAUGGUACACGUUGUGGAGGACUUAUUGAUUAAACGCAAAGAAAUCCCAGAGUUCGAAGCACGUCUGGAUAACGCGGAGUCAUCAGCAGAACACUUGGAUGACCAGUUGCUGGAUGAAUCGACCGUUGAAAAUACUCAGGUUAAAGUAAAAGACAUGAAAGUUCGCUGGGGUGUUGUAACACAAAGACUGGAUGAAUUUUGCAACCGUGAUAUACCUGAAAUUGAGAUAGCUCAGAUCAAAGCGGAACAUCUUGAGGAGGAUUCGUUGGAUGAAACUGAUAUGAGAUCAGUUGUGCCACUGGAUGUAUGGCGAGAGAAAGUUAGAAAGGUGAAUUUGUUGUUGAAAUAUGUUGAACGGUUGGUUGGUGUCAAUGCUGAUGGAAAAGAGGAUUAUGCAAGUAUACGAAUCUUAGCAUCCAACACGAAGGAAGCAACAAAGACAAUUACCUUGUACUGCAAGCCAAGAGUUCAAGUCAUCAAAACACAGGGAAUAAAUAUUAUAAGCGAAGAUCCUCAUGACAUUGACAGAGGGGAAGAAAUAACGGACACAAUCGAUUCACUUAGAAAAAGAGUUGAAACCUCAGAGAAUAAUGCAGGCAUACUUAAAAUGAAGGUACGAGAUUUGGCUUUAGAUUACUUCAACAAUCGUCUAAAUCAUUGUGAAAUUGCUCUUGAAAGCGAGGAAGAAAACGUCGAAAAAUUACUUGCAACAAAACCUGAUAUUGAAACCACACAAGAGCAGAUGGUGCUUUUGAAAGAAGGCCGCAAAGAAUUUGACAAAAAUAAAGAAGAUUAUGAAAACGUUGUUAACGAAUUGAAAGAUAAAAAGAUUGUGGAAUUGUUGACGAAAGAUGGAUUUCAAGGAACUCUAGCAGAUAAAAGUCAAAACAUUAAAAAACGGCGAGAUGCUGUGGAGAAAAAGUUAUCAGAAUCCAAAACACGAAUACAUCGAAAUUUGAUAUCACAUUUGUCCGAGAUGAAGAAGGUUGUUGGAAAAUGGCUGGCUUCUUGUGAAAAGAAAGAAAAAUCUAUAAACGUUGAGCCGUCUCCCACACACGACCCAGUUGCCGAAUACAAAAAAUUAAUGGUUUUGCUUGAAGAUUUGAACGAAGGAGAGUCAAAGUAUGAUAGCGUUCUUCAGUUGAACAAACAGUUGAUAUCAGACAACGUUCUUGAAGGAAGGAAAGCAUCUAGCUCCGAGAAAGAUCUUCAGUCAUUCGCUACUCGUUUUGCUGUGGUGGGCAAACGUGUUCAUGAUAAGAACGGUGCGCUGUACAUAAUUCUUCUCAACCUGGCUCAAACCACGAUGGAUGAAGCUGGUGACAAUAUCGCAGAGAUGGAUGAGAAAGUUGAGCAAACUAACAUGGCUGAAAGAUUCCCGCAAAUCAAACAAGAUUUCCAGAACGCAAAGAGUGUCAAAGACGAAGUUGAUGAUUUCUGCGAGAAAUCAAAAGAAACUUUAAAGGAUGUUCACGUAAUCAUAGCUCUAGAUGCCUUCAACAAUGAAGACAAGAAAAAUCUGGAUGAACGAAGAAACGAAUUGAAAGACAAAAACUCGCAGUUAUCAGAAAAAUCAGACGAGAAAUUCGACAAUUUUGCGAAGGAGUAUAAUAAAAUCAUUGACAGUGAAGUAAGGAAUCGUAAAAUGUGGUUUGAUUCCAAUGAAUCUUGGAUGGGCAUCACCGACCACGAUGUUGAUAAUCUGCCAGGCUUUGCUAAAAAACUUGAUGAUCAAACGAUUUUCCAGGAGGAACUCGAGCAUCGUAAGAUGGAAGGAUUGAUCGACGAAGCAAGGGAUAACGAAGACCUUUCUCCUGAAACGAGGUUCUUGAUCUACGACCUUGAUGACAAGUGGUCUACGAUGAACAGUUGGUCUGAAGAACGAUUAGACAGACUCACGACGAUCAAUGAAGAUUGGGAGAAACUUCGCAAGCAAGAAAAAGAUCUUUUAGACGAAAUUGACGACAAUGAUGCCAGACUAAAGUUGCUUUCGUCUCCUGUGGAUUUGUCAGACAAAGAAGACAUUGAAAAUCAAAGAAAUGAACUCAAGGAUGCCCAGUCGAGUGUACAGGAGCUUCAAUUAAAUGUGGUGAAAAUGAAGAAAGUCUCAAAUGAUUUGGUUAAACUUGUUGGUCCUGACAGCCCAGCUGGUAAACGAAUGGAAAAUGAAUUCAAUGAUGUCAACAAAUGCUACGAUAACCUGUGCGUAGACACCUUGGAGAGAAUGAAAAAGCUUGAUUCAUCAGAGCGAAAGGCGAAGACUCUUUACAAUCACAUGGAUGAUAUCAACUUGACAAUGGAGGAAAGCGAGAAUAUUUUGAGUUCUUUAAACGAUGAAAUAAAGAAGGCAGAAGAGAAGAAAGACAUCGCAAAAGGGGAAGAAAUAAACGAAAAUGAAGAGGAAGAACUUCCUGAAAAAGAAAAGGAGAAACAGGCUUCUGAUUUGAACAAGUUUGUUGAUCAAAUUUCGCUUCGUUUGGGUGAGCGGCCAGAGGAAAAGGCACGCGUUCAACGUGCCAAGGAACUGGAGGCAAGUCUCAACGAAGAUCUCGGCGAAGAAGCGAGGGAUGUUCUUCAAAAACAAGUGGAAGAGUUCGACAAUCGUUGGGAUGAUCUCAAUACGAAAAUGGACCAAGUUGUGAAAGAACGUGAAUCUGAGGAGCCCGCGGUAAUCAAAGCAAUCCAAGUUGAAGAAGUUGAAUCGUCUCUUCCUGAAGAUCUAACUGUGGACUAUGGUUCAUGGAAGGGAGAUGCAGCUGAAAUUGACGAGUCUUUGCUGAAAUCACAAAACACUCUUCAAGAAUUUGAUGUUGAUGUCAAGGAUUACUCCAGUCUGACAAAAGUUGAAACUGAAACGCAGGACAUCAUCGACAAGAUGAACACGGAAUUUAAGCCAAAACUCAUCUCUCUUCGUUCGUCUGGUGAAAAAAUCUCUGAUCAAGAUCCAGCAGUUGCCCAAGAAGACGUUGAUGACAUCGUGAACUCUUCACAAAAAAAUCUCGAAGGAUUGCAAAGCGCUUUGGAACUACGAAAAUUGAGAUUGCGUGAUGCUGCUGUACAGCAUAUAAAUGAUAGGAUACUGGAGUGCGAUGCCAAAGUUGGGGAUGAAAAAGUCAAACUUCAACUGAUCACGCCACCAGGAAAAGAUCUUGAUACCGUUUUAGAUCAGCUCUCAGCAUUAGAGAACAACGAAGAGACAUUUCAGACGAAUCAAGUGCAGUUUGAGGAAGUGCAAGUUCACUUGAACGAACUGAAAAAGAACAAGAUUUUGACCGCUCCUGAAUUCCAAGAACAGUUUCAAGAUGACUGUAAAGAUAUUGCAAUUGAACGCGCGCAAAUCCUCAAGCAAACUAAAGAUCAUAAAAACAAGCUCUAUCGUGCUCUCAUAAACAUUUUUGAUGUCCGAAGAAAAGAAAUAACCAAAUGGUUAAAGAAUUGUGAGAAGAAAUCAAAAGAAAUUCCAAAUGACAUAGAAGAUCUUGAUGAGGGUUUGGUUGUAGUGAAGAAAAUAAAGGAAAUGGAAGAUGUGUUGGCACAAGGGGAACCAAAUUACCACGAAACGGUCGAGCUUUCCAAGACUGUCCUAGAGAAGGAAGUUCUGGUCGAUAAGAAGGCCAAAGAUGCUGAGAACGAUAUGAAGAAUUCUUCAAUACGAUACAACGAAAUCUUGGAAGAUGUACAGAACAGAAAAAACAGCUUGUACAAGACAAUCUAUGAACUCCUGAGCGUGCAACUGGAUGAAACGGAACAAGAAAUUAAGAAAGGUGAACAGAUUGUUCAAAUCGAAUCAAAACCCGAAGAUCCAGCCGCUACACACGAAGAACUGAGUAAUCUGCAAAGCGUUGUCAGCACGUCAGAUAAACUGGAGGAAGAUAGCGGAAAGCUAUUUGACACGGCAAACACCUUGCUAUCGGCUGAUAUCUUCCCCCAAGACGAUAAAAGGGAAAUACGAAAGAGGGUUAUUGAUUUGGACAAAAGAACGUACGAAUUGCCCGACGCUGCUAAGGAGAAAUACGAAAAAGUGUAUGCCGUUUAUCUGACAAAUCUCACGAAGUUAAUUCAAAUACGAACGGAAUGGAUCACUUCAAACGAAUCUCGUUUGGACCAGACUGACACAACUGAUGCUCUUGAUAUCCCUGAUCUCGAAAAUAAACUGGACGAACACGAAGAGUUUCAGAGAGAUUUGAAAACGAAUAACGUCCGUUCCGUGCUGGGGCAAAUUCGUGACACAGGGGAUAUCGAUCCAGAUGUGCCACUUUCGGAAUUACAGAGUCUGGAAAAGCGCUGGGACGAGUUUAACGCUUGGGCGGAACAAAGGAAGAUCUUUCUUCAGGGGACUCUUGUGAAGUGGAAGGCAUUUCGACAGGAACAAUUGGCUUUGGUUGACUGGAUCGACAAGAAAGAUGCUGAGUUGCAAGUUCUAGAUACGCCAGUUAACUUAGCCGAUGAAAAUGCCGUUCAGCAAAGAUUGGAAAUGGUUAAGAGCCUACAGUCAGAUGUAAUCCAGCAGUCUCCAAGUCUAGUUCACUUCAAGAACACGGGGCAAGCCUUGCUUGUAAAUCUCAACCCACAGUCGGAAGGUGCAGAGAAAGUAAAUAAGCAGAUUGAAGAUUUCGAUAAUUGUUGGAAAAAACUCGAGAAAGAUAUUGAAAGCAAAAUUGAAAAGAUUGAGAAGUCGAACAGAACAAUCAAAGCGAUUUAUUCCUAUAUGGACAUUGUAAGCAAUUGGUUGGAUGACACAGACGGGAAACUAAAUGAAGUUGAUUCCACAAAAGAUCAGUUGCGCCCAGCUUGCGUUUCUCCAUUAAGCCACGCACGUCACAGUGUUGACGGUGCCUUCGCGAAAGAGCCUGAGGAAGAACCAAGAGAAGACGAAGAACAGAAAGUGAAGACUGGAGACGAGGCUGAUGAGGAUACUACUGGAUCCAAGGGGCUAAGUGAGGACGAGAGGGAACAACUGCAGAGCAAUAUGGAGCAUAUAAAAGAUGAUAUCAAGGGCAAUUCUCAAGUCAAAGAUCUAAACAAAGCUCGUAUUGAACGUGUUCGACUUCUGGUGGAUGAUAUUCAAGAAGACGUGGAUGAAGAUGGCGUUAACUCAAUUGAAGCAAGAAUCUGUGAGAUUGGAGAAAGAUUUGAACAGAUUGACACCCGCUUAGGUCCUAUAAUUGAAGUAGUGAAAUCACCCGAGCUUUCUCAAGCGUCCAGUGAGACGGAACUAGUAACGUUUGAUGUUCAGCGCACUGUGGAACUUCAAUCAACUCCACCAUCAGAACCAACACCAGCGGCCGGUACACCUGUGGAUACGGUUGAUAUGGGGACCCUGAAGGUAACCGUGGAACCUUACAGCGGUCACGUGACUCUGGAUAUGAACCAAUGGAGAAGCGUCGUGGUAAAUUUCCGAGAUUUUCUGCACAGAUUGCAAAUGAACAUCAGAGAUGUUGAUAGCAAAGAUUAUGAAGAGAUGAGGGAGUGUGAAUCUGAUACAAAGGCGUGUAUUGAUGCCAUGGAAGCGUAUGGAAGGCCUUGUCUUAUCGAUCUUACAAAGUCAGCUCAAGGAAUGCUGGAGUCACCUGAAUAUACAGAAGAUGAGAAGAAUGAGAUAAGAGCCACUCUUGAAUCACUCACUGUUGGUGCACAGUUUGUUGACUUCAACACCAGAGACCAGAGAUUCAGGUUGUAUCGUGCGCUAAUCUCCUACCAAGGAGACCAAAGGAAAAAGAUCCAUCGUUGGAUUAAUUCUUGUUCCAAGGAAUCAAAAGAAAUCAAUGAAGAUGUUGCUGGAUUGGAAGCCUCUGAUGCCGAAUAUAAAAAAGUACAGCAUUUGAAAAGCAAUCUCGCCUCUGGAGAACCAACCUUCCUGCAUUAUAAAGAACUAUCAAAACGAAUGAUUGAGAACAACAUUUUCCCUGUGAAGAAAGUUCCUGAGAUAGAAAAAGAUGUCGCCAACUUUACGACCACCUACGACAACUUACGAGCCGAUACCGAACGCAAAGAUAAACGUUUGUAUACAACUGUUGUGAAAUCAAUCGGGCAACCACUUCACUCGAUAGAACUGGCAGUGACAGAGGGAGAAAACUGGGUUGAACCAGAGGAACUCUCCAGUGAUUACGAGGAAGCUAAGGAACAGUUGAAUAAGAUGAAGUUGUCUGUCUUUGUUAUCGAAACACUACACACGCGAUCGGCAAAAGUUUUGAAAGAAACCGAAGCGCUUGUCUUGGAACACGAGUAUCUGAGUCCGGAAAACAAAGAGGAAGUUAUCGAACGCGUUCAUUCCCUAUCUCCGAGAACUGAUGGAUUACCAGCGGCUGCAGUGAAUAAGUACAAGAGAAUGAAUCGUGAGUUUUUAGUUUUGAUCGAAAGUGAGGUUGAAAUUCGCGAUGCUUGGAUCACGAAAAAUGAGGGAAGAAUGUCGUUACCACAAGCUGGGGAUGUACAGGACCUUGAGGGAUUCCAGCAGUUGAAACAAUCUCAUGAAGAUUUUUUACGAGAACUGAAGCGCAACGAAAUGUCAGAAUUUUUGAAAGUCUGCGAGGGAAUGAGUGACCUCAAGAAGCAAACUAUCGCUAAAGUUCGUGCUCUUCAAACUCGCUGGGCAGUUUUACUCGCUUGGGCCACGAAAAGAACGGUAUAUCUGAACACAGUCAUCGCCAACUGGGAGGAAUUUCGAUCUCACGAAGUAACGACGAUUGAAUUUAUCGAUGCAAAAGAGAAAAACUUGCAAAAUGUUUCCGAAGAAGUUAAACCAGGCGAUGACGCUAUUACCAAGGAAAGAGUGGAACAGCUAGAGAAUAUGCAGGCAGAGACGCGGGAAAAUUCUUUAGAUAUUUGGAAACUACAACAAGAAUCUUCCGCACUUACGAAAAACAUCGGUGAAGAAGCUCCGUCCAGCAAAAACAUUCAAAAACACACAAACGAUCUUGUUGAACGAAAUAGGAAGCUUUCACAAGAUAUUUCGAUCGAAAUUAACGAGCUUGAAGCGAACCAACACAAAGCCUUGAAAGUGCAGCAGUUGUUGGAGUCUGUGAACGAUUGGGCAGAUGACACGAGUGCCUUUCUUGACGAAUUUAAUGAAAUCGCAGUUCAACUUAAACCAAGCGACGUUGUUGUUGACAAGGCAGCCGAAGAAGAUGGCGAUGGAUCCGAUAAAAUAAACGACAAAGGCGAAAAGUCCGAACAAGAUUUGGAAAAAGUUGAUGAAGGACGUAUUGAAAAGUUAAAAACGGCGAACGAACUCAUACAUAAAAUAGCUUAUCGUCGCGUUGACAUCGGCGAGUACCAGGCUCUCGUAGAUCGCGUCAAUGAACUUCACGAGGAACUUCCGAGGGAUCCCGAUCAGACCUCCGAACAGAGUGUGCAAGUUGAACAGUUAAACACAAAAUGGAAGAACUUCAAUACAGAUAUCGAUAAAGUGGCUUGGGUGAAAAUACCGGGUCUUGAUUCACUCCAAGCCGUGACAUAUAUUCUUCACGAUAUGAAAGUUGACAAGAAAGAAGAUGGUGUCGCUGGUGUGGAAACGUUUAAACAAUGGAAGGAGAAAGCUUUAGACUUAGAAACCUCCGUUAGUGAAGUUGAAUCCAAGUUCAAAGCUGAGAAUAAUAUCGACAAAAGCUAUGAAGCGAUUGAGGCCGUCGAUCGCAAUAUCCAGGAAUGUCAAGACGAAAUUGACAGUAACGUUUUGCCUAAACUCGAAGUGAUUCGGCUGGCUGGAGUAAAUCUUUGCUCUCCUCCAGAUGCAACAGCCGAGCCCGUCCCAGAGGAAAUAAAAACUGAAGUCCUAACGACAGUUCUCUCGCUCCAUGAAAGAAUUGAGAAUUUGCGAUCUGCGAUAUCACUCCAGAUACUCAGGCUUGAAGAUGUUAUCUAUGACUAUUUUCACCAACGCGUUAGGUCUGACCAAAGUGAUCUCGCCCAAGAACAGACAGAAUAUAAACGGUUGUUACCACUAAGAGAUGACGUUGAUACUAUCAUCUUGCAUUUAGAAAUCAUCAAGCAAAGCGAAGACAGGUUCUAUAAGAACGAAAAGAAAUUCAAAGAAUCGCAAAAACAGUUCAAUCAACUGGACGAGAAAAACCUAAUCAACGAUAAAGAUCUUGUCACCUUCGUCACGUCCAAAAUAAAAAAUAUCGAAAUCCAAAGAGUCACCUUAGGAAAUCUAUUUACAGACAUUGAAGGAAAGCUUCGUCGUAGCCUUUUGAACAAGUACAACAGCAAUAAAUCGAAAUUUAGCAAAUGGUUGAAGAAUGCUGAGAAACGAGAGAAAACGAUUGACAUAAAUGUCGAGGGAGUUGAGAAGGCGUUUAUAGAAUGCACGAAGUUGGAGAGUAUGGCAGAGGCUUUGCCUGAAGGUGAAGAAAUGAUGAAACUUCUGAAUAAACUUGUCAUACAAAUCGAUAUUGAACAUAUUUGGAGCCAGGCAGAUCAAGAAGCGUCCAACACUGAAGUGAACUCGUUCAGAGAUCGACACUCAAUCUUGACAAAAAGCAUGGAAGAGAAACGGACCUUGCUACAAGCAAAAAUCAAAGAAGGUCUUGAGCAAACACUUGGUAUUGCCGAGAAGUCAAUCUCUGAUGCAGAGGCCUGGGAUAAACCAAGCACCCUUGACAACGAGCUGGAACAAGCCACGGCGCAAAUUCAGCAAUCAAUGGAAAACGUGACAAAUGUGAACAACAUGUACACACAAACAAUGCAAGCUUUGAAACGUCCUCAAGAAAUCGCGCAAUCUGAAAUCCUCCCUGCUGACGUCAGCUCGGAUAUUGACGGAAGAUGUCGGGAUCUCACGAAGAGAGUUGGACGUCUUCCCUCUGUUGUUCUUAAGAACCAUAAAAGUUUGUUCGAAGCGUUCACAGUUCUUCUUCAUGAGGUCGUAGACUCGCGAGAAGAAUGGAUCUCUCAGAAUGAGGCAAACGUGAUGGUCUCGUUUGUCUCCGUCGCUAGUUUGGAUGAUGUAAAGUCGAAGAUACAGGAUAACAAAGAAUUCAUCCUUGAGAUAAAAAAGCACGACAUGGCGCCUGUUCUAGUGGAACUUGAGAAGAUGAGCGAUCCUGAUUUCAAACUCAAGGCAACGUCUAAAGACUUGCAGAGUCGGUUGGCUGCCAUCGAGAAAUCCGCUGAAGAACGACAGCUGGUUUUGUUGUCAAUUCUCAACCAAUGGGAAGCCUUGAGACAAAAGCUCAGGGAACUAUUAGACUGGAUCGAUAUGAAGGAUUUGAAACUGAAAGAGUUGAAAGAACAAGUUGAUCUCGGCGAUGAAGAUGAGGUGAAAGGUGAACUUGGUGAAUUGAAGUUAAUGCAAACUCAAAUGGAGGAUGAACAUCCUGAAGUUGUGAACUUAAAAAAGAUAGCCGAAGGUCUGAAGAAUAUCCUGGGAGAGCAAUCAGAUGCUAAUGCUCUUGUGGACGAGCAAAUUAAAGAUUUCAUAGACUGUUGGAAUAACUUGGGCAAAGAUAUUGACGACAAAAUAAGAAAGCUUGAAUCGUCAGAGCGUCAACUGACCACUAUGCACAGGUACAUGGACAACACUCAAGACUGGAUGGAUGAUGUCACGGAAAUACUUGACCAGUACGAAGCCAAUCAACGACGACUGCAGGGUCUGCCUCCCGAGGAUAAGCCGAAAGAAUCCGUAGGCGAAACAGAAAUUUCCGACGAUGAACCGAAGGUUACUGGAGAGGAGCCGAAUGUUUCCGAAGAAGAAGCGAAAGUUUCCGAAGAACAGCCGGAUGUGUCCGGAGGCGAGCCGAAGGACCCCUCGGGAGAGCAGCCAGUUGAAAUGACGGAGGUUUCCGAAGUUGAAGCGGAAUUGAAAGAACUUGACGAAGAUGGAAAAGAAGAAUUGCGAGAGAAAAAUAAAAGUCUAAUGAAAGCCUUUGUCGAAAAACGUCAAAAUUGCGCGACAUGCCAAGCAUUCGUGGACUGGGCCGGAGAACUGGAGAAGCAAGUCACUGAAGAUCUCGACGAUGCCUCCAAAGAUGUCCUGAAAAUACGAAUUGAGAAAUUCAAUUCUUCUUGGGACGUUUUCAUGAACAAGAUCGAGGACUUCUCCCAAGAGAAUUUGGAGGAAAUCGAGUUCAUCGAAUUCCAGCUGGCAGAGCAAAAGACUGAAGUGCUUCCAGAGGCCAUAACGUUUGAAGAAUGGAAAUCAGAAAUUUCCAGUAUGGAAGUUUGGUUCGAUGCAAUGGAUGAAAAAUGUAGUCAAGUUAACAUAUCACGUGAUACUGACAGUCUCAAGAAGGGUGAACAGGACACUAAGGUAAUCGUAGCAGAGUUCAACGACGAAGGGAAACCGCGUUUCAAUAAGAUUAUAGUCCUGGGACGGAAGUUGAUCGAUGCUAAAUCCCAGACUCCUGAAGAAGAGCAAGUGAUCACCGUUACCAUCACAAAGUUCACCAAAAGAAUGAUUGAAUUGGAACGAGUUGUCGAGCUUCAUAGGAUAAGAACGGUCGAGACAAUCGUAGAUUAUUGUAAAGAGAAACUGGUCAUCUGUGAGUCGUCUGUUGAACGCGAUGAGGUCAACAUGAACCAAUUAACACCUUCUGGUUCAACUCCUGACGCUGUUCAUGAACAAAUCGUCCUCUUAAAGAUCUGUGAAGUUGAAAUUCCGAAACACGAAGAAGAAUUUGUGGAAAUUCAAACGUACAUACUGGAGACACGAGAACCUGGUUUUAUCACAUCUGAGACCCAAGAAGAAUUGGAAAAGACUUGCAAACUGGUUGAAAAGAGACGAAGCGAUGUGGAAAAACAAAAGAAAGAAAGUCAUGGAAGGCUUUAUCGAUCAAUGGUGAACUUUUUUGACCAACGAAAAAAGGUGACGCUGAAAUGGUUAGGCAGUUGUGAAAAGAAGGAACGACAAAUUAAACCCGACGUGAAGGAGCUAAAAGACAGCAAAAACGAGUACAUCAAAGUCAAGGAAGUUCGCUCCGAGUUUGAUCAAGGACGCCAGAACUUUGUCGCCUUUAUUGAAGUGCACAAACUUAUCGUCGCUGAUGAGGUGACUGAUGAGAAGAAGACUAUCGAAGUGGAAAGAGACGUGAACUCCAUUUCUGGCAGAGUGGAACAAGUUGACAAGAUCUUACAUGAACAGGAAACAAAGCUCUACACGACAUUGUUAUCAACAUUGACGGUUCUCUUGGACUCGAUCGAGGCGACAUUGAGCGACGCUCGAGGAAGAAUUAAACCUGAUGAAGCAAUUUCAACCUACUUCAAAACAGCGAAAAAACAGAUGGAUGAGACAAAGACAAUGGCCCGCGAUAUUCAAGUGAUUCACUUGACUACGAACAAACAGUUGGAGCUAGGAGAUGACGUCAAGAAGGCUAAGCUUCUUGGACCAGAAGAUGCUGACACCAUAGAACUGAGGCUCAGUGAUUUGACGAAAAAAUCAGCUGACUUGCAAGAAGCUGCUCAGAAUAAAGACCUUAGAAUGCGUGCGGAAUAUGUGAUGACGUUCAAGACAGAGUUACAAAGAUGUAGUCAAUGGAUUACUUUCCUGGAGUUAAGAGUGGAGAAAUCAGCUGCCGAAGCCGAGGACUAUCAAGGAUACAAACAACUCAAGGAAGAUCAUAUUCAUUUCGAAGAAGACUUAAAGGUCUAUGAUCUUAAUAUGUUGCUCAAAGAGGUGGGCAAAAUCGACGAGCUUGAACCUUCUGUUAAACAAGAACUUGCCGCUUUGGAAAAGCGUUGGAAGAAGUUGUUGAGAUGGUCUGAAGAGAGAAGCCUUCGCUUAUCAAAGAUCGUUUCACUCUGGUCGAAAUUCCGUGAAGAGGAGAUCUUAGUAUUAAACUGGAUUGAUGAAAAAGGCGAAGAGCUAAAGGUCGCUGAUCAAGUGAAUCUUGCUGACGAGGAAGCCCUUCAGGAACAAUUGCAUAUAUUUAAGGCUUUGACACCAGAACGAGAAGAAUUCGUGAAGCGUUCGACAGAAGUUGAAGAUAUGGGUCAUGAAUUGAAGAGAAUCGUCGGAGACAAUACAAGAGCUGGGGAUUUCAUUCAAAAACAACUUGUCGAUCUCGAUCAAGUGUUCAAUGAACUAAUAAAGCAAAUAAUUCAGAAGAAUGUUCAGUUGGAAUCAGCGCUGGAGAGACUGCGAUCCAUGUCUGCGGAGAUGACCAUCGUAAAAACUUGGUGUAACGAAACUGAACUGCUUCUGAAUGAGUAUGACGUCAUGGAAAAGCGGUUGCAAGAUCUCAAUGUGGGCAAGUCUGAUCCACCUCCAGUGACCGGGGAGCAGACAGAAAAGACUGAAACCAAGAGAGAAAAACGCGCUCGAAUCAAAGAAGAAAAAGCAGAACUGAGAGAAGAAAUGAUUCAGAAUGUUGAAAAUCUCGCUAAAAAGUUUGAAAAGCUGCCAGCAACCGACUUAAAGGUAAAACACGUCAACACGUUGGGGAAUGAAUUGAAAGGAGAAAUAUCCGACGAAGCAAAAGAUGCUGUGAAUACAGAACUCGAAGCUUUCAACGAGCGGUUCAAUUCUGUCAGUCAACGGCUCAAAGAUAUGGAAAACAGAGAUCUUCCUGAAGGCUCUGGUUGCUGGUUUGUACGAUUCAUGCGACGAAAGAUGUUUCGAGCUUCAAUCAAUUAAAUCUCACUGAGAAACAAGUGGAUUGUUUAGUAAUCUUUAAAGUAAUUUCAAAGCACGUUAGCAACAAAACUUCAUAAAUAUAAACACACGUAGAAAUUAGUAUUAUAUAGGUAAAUCAAUUUGUGUCAAGACUGAUUUGUGUUAUCGAUUUAUAUCUUUAUAUUAAGUUUAGUUUUUCCUUAAGCACUAAAUAUGAGGUAUGUGUUAAACCAAUUUUGUUUAACUAACGAUAAAUUAAUCGUUGUAU